GCUUACGUUGUUACGUUGGAACGCCCUCUAUUUUAUUUAGGGUAAAUAUCUGAGCAGAAGAAUGGGAAGAAGACUGAUAUGUACUCAUGAUAUGACUUAAUAACAAUAACUAUCAUUUACCAAAUGUGUUCGCAAAGCUGCCACAGACAGACAGAUCAUCAGUCUUGAAACAUAGAUGUUGUGAAGAUGAGCAAGAAGACACCUAAUCGUCCAGGGAUCACUUUUGAAGUCGGUGCUAGAAUUGAAGCUCAAGACUAUCUACAAAAAUGGUACUCGUCACGCAUUGAGGACAUCGAUUUCGAUGAGGGGAAGAUGCUUGUCCACUUUGAUCGUUGGAGCCAUCGAUAUGAUGAGUGGAUCGCCUGGGACAGCACUCGACUGCGGCCUCUUGAAAGGCCAACACUCCGUAAAGAGGGACUGAAGGAAGAGGAGGGGGAGAUAACUGAAUUGAGAGAUGGUGAAGAGGUGCUUGCUCGAUGGACAGAUUGUCGCUACUAUCCUGCAAAGAUUGAAUCUGUAAACAAAGAGGGUAUCUACACGGUGCAGUUUUAUGAUGGAGUUAUUCGCUGUGUGAAAAUUCAUAUCAAAUCUAUGCCCCAUGAUGCAAAAGGACAGGACUGGAUAGCCCUGGUGAAAGCUGCCUCGGCUGCAGCCAAGAGCAAAGGAAGCAGUACGCCUCGUACCAGUGCCAACAGCAACAAGGUCAGGGACGACCCUCACGGAGGGAAGUCUGACGAUGAGGAUGGUCAAGAAGAGCUAGAUGAAGAGUUGCAGGAUCAGUCCGACUCUGACAAACUGGAAUCCCAUGAAGAUGAUGCUGACUGCAAGAAGGACCGGACAGAAGUCCCAGUGAUGUCCCAACAACAGAAGGUACCAAGACCAGCAGAGCAUGAUUCCAUACAGGGGCAGACCCAGAGACAGACUGGGUCCUCUGUGACGGGCUCUCCAGCCAAGUGUCGGAACAGGCGUCUGAAGCACCAUUCUGGGGAGUCCAACAGCAGCCAGAAGCAGGGGGUGUCCAGGCCGCCGUGCUCCAUCACUACUCUGUCUGCUGGGGAGGACCCCAUGUCAGCUCCAGAGUCCAUGCUGAGUCCCUCCCCCAGACACAGCUGCCCAGACACGGCUACCUCAGGUCGGUCUGCUGAGGGACAGGAUCAUAGUGGAAAAAGACAUGGUGAGGCAGUUCCUCCAGGCUCCCCCAGGAGCUCAGAACCCAGCCAGAGGAGGAGACGCUCCCAGCGCCUGGCCACCGUCAGCCCUGAUAUAAACUCUCACCCCACCACCACCCAUUGCCCUGACCUCUCACCCCAUGGGAGGGAGCACAACACAUCUCACAAAGACCCCUCCUCCUCCUCCUCUCCAGAGGAUCAAAUGACAAACUCUGUGGAGAGGGCAGAGUCAUCAACCCUCCACAACUACUGUGUUGACAUACCACCUACACCUUCAUCUGCUGCCUCCAUCCUCACACCAUCUCAUCCACCAAUCACACACAGAGACCAGCUGACUGACGGGCCAUCAGCCAAUCAUACGGCAGUGGCAGAAAAAUUCCCACCCUUAGCUGCAGUCGCUGGGAGGAGAAGUACUACCAGGACCCCUAAACUAAACAAGCACACCAGGGAACCAAUCAUGAACACCAAGCGGUGUGAUGACCCAACGUCUCCCAACGACCUGGACCUCUACAAGUGUAAGAUCCCUGGGUGCUCCAAGGCCUUCCGCAAAGCCAAGCUGCUGGACUACCACCUCAAGUAUUACCACAACGCUGACAAGGACCUCCAGGACUCUGAGCUGCCAGGCUCCCCAGACAGGGCUGGUCGUACCCGGGCCACCUCAGCCUCCAUGCCCACCACCACCCUGCUGGAGGUCCCUGACAACACAAAGAGACGCAGGACUGUCUCCACCUCAUCGUCACUGUCCCUUCCGGGCCAUAUGUUCCAACUGGACUGUACUGGACUGGGGAGCUGUCUGAAACCUCCCAGGUUGAACAGGAAGAAGCGCUCCUCUGCCUCCAUGAGCUCUGACAGCACAGAGCUGUCUCUCCCUCCUCCGCCUCAGGAGAAGAGCUUCGAGUCCCUCCACGACAAGAUCCUGAAGAAGGUGAUCGAUAAGGACAAGCACCUGGAGCCAGGGUUAAUGAAGAUUGAGAAGAAGGUGAAACUGGAGGAGAAAUCCCAGGUGAUCGGAAAAAGGACAAGGAUAAAGAGCGGAGGGACAGGAAAGAGAAGGACCACUUCAAAAUCAAACAGAAGAAGAAGAAGAAAAGAAGAGGAAAUCCAAGCAGCACUCGAUCUCACGGCGUCUACUCUUCACCGCUCCUCCACCUCCUUCACUUUCCCCUCCUCCUCCUCCUGCUCCACCACCAAACAUUACCAGUACCCCCGCGCCAUCCUCUCUGUCGACCUGACCGGAGAGAACCUGUCAGACAUAGACUUCCUGGAGGACUCGACCACAGAGAGCCUGCUGUUUAGUGGAGAUGAGUACAACCAGGACUUUGACUCUGUGAACAUGGAGGACUUCCAGGAGGAGGAUGAGGAUGGUACCCAGGAGAUCGUCCGCUGUAUCUGUGAGAUGGACGAGGAGAAUGGAUUCAUGAUUCAGUGUGAGGAGUGUAUGUGCUGGCAGCACAGUGUGUGUAUGGGGCUUCUGGAGGAUAGCAUCCCGGACCAGUACAUAUGUUACAUCUGCAGAGACCCUCCAGGUCAAAGGUGGAGUGCCAAAUAUCUCCAUGACAAAGACUGGUUGAACAAGGGUCAGAUGUACGGCUUGUCCUUCCUCUCUGAGAACUACUCUGAGCAGAACUGUAAGACCAGCGUGUCCACCCAUCAGCUGUUAGCAGACGUGUUCAGUGUCAACAACGUCCUUCACGGACUACAGCUGAAGAUGGACAUACUACAGAACAAACACAAUCCCAAUUUGCACUUCUGGGCUCGGUCAUGGGUGAACUCUGACGAGGACCAGCCCAUGGGCGGUCUCCCUGACUGCAUCCACUUGACAGACAACUCUCUGAACAACCAGAACUCCUCCAAGACAGACACUUACAUCACCAGUGAACACAGCUACCAGAAACCCCCCAGCCCCGGACAGCUGGAGCACUGGCCCUCUACAGACCGGCCGGCUGCAGACCCCCACGGCUCCAACAGCCAGGAGGGAGGAGGGGUGGAGGAGGACCUGGUGGUGGCUAAUACUAACCCCGCCUCCCACUCCACCCACUUCACAGCCAAGGAACAGGAAGUAAGAAAGAAGACAACUGCCCUGGCUGUGCCUGGCUGUCUGAAUGAGAGGGGACCAGACUCAAUGCUGGCUGUGCCUGGCUGUCUGAAUGAGAGGGGACCAGACUCAGUGGAACAUGCCAGGAACUGUCUCCAGUGGCAAAUGAAUCUCCUCACUCACAUAGAAGAUGUUCAGAACCAGGUGGCAGGCAGGAUGGACCUCAUAGAGAAGGAGCUUGAUGUGUUGGAGAGCUGGCUGGACUUCACUGGGGAGUUGGAGCCUCCGGACCCCCUGGCCAGACUGCCUCAGCUCAAACACCGCAUCAAGCAGCUCCUCACAGACCUGAGCAAGGUGCAACAGAUGAGCACCCUGUGUUCUGUGUGAGUUUGGGUUGGCCUGACCUAGCCAGAGUCUGGCCCGUGUCUGGCCCCUGGUUAGUAUGGCCACAGCACUAGGCAUCUGGUGUCAUCACAGCACUUGACAGAGGAGAGUCCAAUCCAAACCCAGGGUGUACCCACUACCCUCUGAUACAGACAGACAGGAACCCCGUCCUCUCUCUCUGGCACCGAAGCACACCGUCUGCUGUGGUCCAUAAACUGUCAAACUGAGCACACCUUCAGUUGGCUCAAUACAAGGGGGAUGAAUGGAUGUAUAGAGACCAACAGGAAAGAGCUGAGUCCAGUGGACUCUUGGUAUUAGAAAGAAGAGUGUUUUGAGUUGGAGUAACAAAGUAUUGAGUUGACAAAAUGGGACUUCUGGAUGAAAAGUACCAGUUGAAUACAGUAUUAGUUUGUAGGGCCCAGGACGUUUGUUGUUUUAACUAAGACUCCCUGUUAUGAAGUUCCCACAACGUUUUCAUAACCAGGAAUGAGGGUUUGUCCACGUACGUUAAAUCGUUCACACGCAUUCUAUGAUAUAGCUGAAAUUCAAUUUAAUUCAAUUAGAUUAUUAAAAUGCAAUGAUAUCACCUCAUGGGCCCAUCCCAAAUAGAACCCUAUUCCCUUUAUAGUGCACUACUUUAGACCGUAGUACACUACAGAAUAUAGGGGGCCAUUUGGGAAACAUCCCAUCACUCUCUUGCCUCAGUAGGAGCAGAGCUGUAGAAGCCUUGCUUGUGUGAUAUGAGUUAAUGCAAAAACGAAAUCACCAAGGUGAAUGUUAGAUGAUAUUGUAGCAAGCUUUAACCUGCCAGAAAUCUGUUCUGUUUUGGAAGCGUGGUCUGAAACUUGUUUGAGAUGUUUUAAAAUUUCGAGUUCCCCCUCAAGUUCACACUAUGGUUAGAUGAUUUGUUAAAAACCAGUGCUAACAUCAGUCAUUUAGCGGCUGCAUUCUGAUUUCAUUUCAGGAAUCUAUUGCCACCUUUUACAAUCAUUAACUUUCAUUCUCUUAUGUGCCAAGUCUGAAAGUAUGAACCACCAAGUUUACAAUGUUAUCAUUCUCACUGAUUCAACAUGGGAAAGGAUGAGUAUAUUUUACUGGUGUAUAUAAUAUACCCAAUCCACAGACAGACAUACGACUGUGUGUCUUCAGGAUAUCUCCAUGACAACCACGGAAUGGCCUUGAUGUCACGGGACAUCUGUGGCACGUUUGUCUCUGUGUACACAUCCUGAAAUGGCACCCUAUUCCCUAUGUAGUGCACUACUUUUGACCAGAGCCCUAUGGAGCUUGUUCAAAAGUAGUGCACUAUGUAGGGAAUAGGGUGCCAUUUGGGGACGUAGCCUCUGUCUGUGGGGUUUUUGAUGCUUUCAGUACGGCCCCAGUAUGGCUGCUACGUCACAACACCACAAUGUCUUCUGACUAAGUGGACACGUUUGACUUGUACCACAGUAAGCUAAAUUGCCAGCUGGAUGUAAAUGCGUAUAAAAAGCAAUGUGUUGAUUGCUGUUGUUGGGUCUUUUUAUGUACAGUUUUAUAACUGUAAAGAUGAGGAAUCUAUAGAAGGCAUAAGAGGAUAAAAUAUACUUGAAGAAAAAUGACUAUGUUUAUUUAGCGUUUCUAUUAACCUGUAUAAAAAGUGUUUUAGAACCAGCCGGUAGGGUAUAAAACAAAGUAGAUUUUUAUUGACAUAUACCAGCUGUACAUUAAGAGUUUAUUUAAGACCUGUUCUUUAUGUGAUUUACUACAUGUACAAUGCCAUUAAAAAAGAUAUUCUGGAUAUUUAA